CAGUCCUGCCACGGAUUCGCUCCAUUUCGGUAUGGUUUCACUUCAUACACGCCCCAGUGUUAUGUGUGAGCCAGCUCGCAACAGACGCAGGAACUGCUGGGUGGAUGGUGGUGUCGGACUCAUGUGAACACAAAACCCCGGAGUUCCUGCCUCGAGGGCGGUUUCUGCUGCAGCACGGCCAUGCAGCUGAGGCGGCCGCCGCUGCUACCGCUGAUGCUACCACUGCUGCUACCAUUACUGCUUGUGCUGCUGCUGGUCCCGCCGGCCAUCGGCCACUACUCAGUGCUGCUGGGCGGCGACCUGGUGCUCGGCGGCCUGUUCCCCGUGCACGAGAAGGGCGACAGCACUCCAUGCAGCACCAAACUGAGCGGCAGCGGCCUGCAGCAGCUCGAGGCCAUGCUGUUCGCCGUGGACCAGAUCAACAACGACAGUGACCUGCUGCCGAACACAUCUCUCGGCGUUCACAUCGUCGACACGUGCGGAACCGCCGGGCACGCGGUCAACCAGGCACUGGCGCUCAUCAAGGGCCCGCUGGAUGAGGACGCAGCCGCCUUCGAGUGCUCGGAUGGGUCGCUGCCCCGACCCAAACAUCGCCACAAGACUGUCAGUGGCGUGGUUGGCGGCUCUUCCAACAUCGUAUCCAUGAACGUGGCCGAUCUACUCAGGGUGUUUCGCAUCCCGCAGAUUUCACCAGCCUCUACGGCACAGUAUCUGAGCGAUAGAAGGAGGUUCGAUUACUUCGCCAGAACGGUGCCCUCUGACUCAUCUCAGGUGGAUACUCUGGUAGAUAUGAUACGGCUCUUCAACUGGACAUAUAUCAGCACCGUCGCUUCAGAAAACGCACAGGACUUCGGGGCCAGCGAAGCAUUUCAGGCUCGCGCAGCCGAGAGGAACAUAUGCAUAGCAGUGCACGAGACAGUGCCAGCAGAUGCUUCUGCUGAAAGAUUUGAGGCCAUCGUGCUCCAUCUUCAACGAAAGCAAAGAGCGCGGGGGGUGAUCCUUUUCGUCACAUCCAAAGAUGCUAGAGGGCUGCUGAAGGCAGCAAAGCGAAUGGGUCUUCAGCAGCAGUUCCACUGGAUCGCCGCGUUCGCGCACUCGGGUGACGGCUGGGGCAGUCGGAGGAGCGUGGUACGGGGCGCCGAGGAGGUGGCCGAGGGCGCCCUCGCCGUGGAGCUCGCGUCACGACCACUCCCCGCCUUCGACCGCUACAUGGCCGAGCUGACGCCAGACACGAACCGGCGCAACCCGUGGUUCCGCGACUACUGGCAGGCGUUCUUCGGCUGCUCGCUGGCGCCGGACGCGGCCGAGGACACCGCCUGCGACCCGGCGCUGCGGCUGCGGCCAGAGACCGGCUUCGUCCAGGAGGCCAAGGUGCAGUUCGUCAUCGACGCUGUCUAUGCGUUCGCGAACGCCUUCCACGCCCUCCAGCGCGAUCUGUGCGGAAAUCAACUGGGAAUCUGUGAGCAGAUGAACAACUAUGAUGGAGGAGACUUCUACCAAAAUUACAUCCUCAACGUUUCAUUUACAGGUCUAGCUGGAAACCAAGUCAAGUUUGAUGAAAACGGGGACGGAGUGGCUCGGCACACCAUAUUUAACUACCGUUGGAACUCUGACACCAGACAGUACGAGUACAAGGCGGUCGGUCGGUGGCAGGAGGGACGGCUGACACUGAGGACAGACAGCAUCCGGUGGAACCGCGGCUUCUACGGACGACCGCCGUUCGCCGUUCACUCUCCGCGACCCCCCGCUGACACCGCCGUCCCCGACGGUCCACCUGAGCCCAGCAGACAGGUGCCCCUCUCAGUCUGCUCCCUCCCCUGCGGGCCCGGCGAGGUCAAGAGCACGCAGGUGGGUGACGUGUGCUGCUGGAUCUGCUUCAAGCCCUAAGUGGACACCCUAGCCCUUGGGUCGAACCACUGAACCACUGCUUGGCCUGUGCAGAUGCUUCCGAAUAGCUGGAUGGACGGCAGCCGCCGCGCGAGGCGGAGCAGGGCAAGACGAUGGAUUUUAGACGCACCGACUUUGGUGUUUUACAGAUCGCUUGUCAUACCCUAAGUGAAUAAAUGCGAUUAUAUA